CAGCCGCGGCGGCGGCAGUGGGUUCGGUUGCGCUGAGCGCACGGGGUAGGAGCGGAGCCCAGGCCGGGAACAGGCGCCGCUGCCGCCGCCGCCAAUACCAUGGGGAACGUGUUGGCCGCUAGCUCUCCGCCCGCAGGGCCACCGCCGCCUCCUACGCCGUCCCUCGUGGGGCUACCGCCGCCGCCGCCUUCGCCGCCCGGCUUUACGCUGCCGCCGCUCGGGGGUGGCCUGGGCACAGGGUCGAACGCGGGCCGCGGCUCGGAACGAACUCCCGGGGCUGCGACCGGCGGCGCUGCUGGGGCCUCGGACGAUGGGGGCUGCGGCUGCCUGCCCAACCCGGGCACGUUCGAGGAAUGCCACCGGAAGUGCAAAGAGCUGUUUCCAGUGCAGAUGGAGGGUGUCAAACUUACAGUCAACAAAGGGUUGAGUAACCGCUUCCAGGUGACCCACACAGUAGCCCUCGGCACAAUUGGGGAGUCCAAUUACCACUUUGGGGUUACGUAUGUGGGGACGAAGCAGCUGAGUCCCACAGAGGCCUUUCCCGUGCUGGUAGGUGACAUGGACAACAGUGGCAGCCUCAAUGCACAGGUCAUCCAUCAGCUGAGCCCAGGCCUCAGGUCCAAGAUGGCCAUCCAGACCCAGCAGUCAAAGUUCGUGAACUGGCAGGUGGAUGGGGAGUACCGGGGUUCUGACUUCACGGCUGCUGUCACCCUAGGGAACCCAGAUGUCUUGGUGGGUUCAGGAAUCCUCGUGGCCCACUAUCUCCAGAGCAUCACGCCGUGUCUGGCCCUGGGGGGAGAGCUCGUCUACCACCGGCGGCCUGGAGAAGAGGGCACUGUCAUGUCUCUAGCUGGGAAAUACACACUGAACAACUGGUUGGCAACAGUAACGCUGGGCCAGGCAGGCAUGCACGCGACUUAUUACCACAAAGCCAGUGACCAGCUGCAGGUGGGCGUGGAGUUCGAGGCCAGCACCAGGAUGCAGGACACUAGCGCCUCCUUCGGGUACCAGCUGGACCUGCCCAAGGCCAACUUCCUCUUCAAAGGCUCUGUGAACAGUAACUGGAUCGUGGGUGCCACGCUGGAAAAGAAGCUGCCGCCUCUUCCUCUGACGCUGUCCCUCUGCGCCUUCCUGAACCACCGCAAGAAUAAGUUCCUUUGUGGCUUUGGCCUCACCAUCGGCUGAGCCCUCUCGUCGUUCCUCUGCAGACUACCACUGGGCUGGCCGCCUUCCCCUCCUCUCCGUCCCUCCUGGGGUCUGGGCAGCGGGAAGGAGGGGAUCCACCCCAUGCCCGAGGAUCCCUAGUGCCAGGGGAUAGUGUCCAGGGGGCCUGGGGUCCCAAAGGGAGUUCUGCAAUCAGAAAGGCACUCAAUACUGAGCGCUCCGGCAGAGGCAGCCGGACAGGCUCAGGGACGAAAGACAUGACGUGAUGUCCCUGUCCUCCCGAGGGCAGCAGAGGAGCGCCCGGCCGCCCGUCACUUUCCUCUCCACCCCUCCAUAGAAAUCAUGUUUAUAAGUUAUGGAAGAACUGGGACAUUUUACAGAAAAAAACUUAAAAAAAACAAAAAAUACACAUGGAAAAAAAAAUCUGAGAGGCCUCGAUUUUCUCCACUUGCUGAGCACGGCUGCCAGCAGGGGGCGCCGAGGUUCACGGGUACACAGUAACAGGAUAGGGAAAGCCUGGCCCAGCGUCAAUCACCCUCGCGUGGUGCGGACAUCACAGAAGGGUGCCCCCAGGUCACUUGCCCCUGUGCGCCCUGACCCUGAGAGGUGGCAGAGGACUUUGUCUCUACAAAUAGGGUGGGGGCAGGGAGAUGGGGCUCCGGAGCCUCCCUGUUCCAAAAAGGGCUGAGGUAGCUUGUGGUGACUUUCUCCGGGUAGGAAGGUCAGAGGUCUCGGAAACUUCAGGAAGAAACUAAGUUCCUGGAAGAAAUUCAGCACAAUACAGAAAGUAGCUCUCGGGAAGGAAGGGGCCCUUGGACCUUCCCAGACUGAAACAAAGGAAGUGUCCAGCUUUAGUUUUUGCUGGUUGAAGAUGUAACUGGACCUCACGUGUCAGGCAGGUGCUGGGUCACCAAAGUGCUUUUUCCAUGGGGCUACAUUCCGGCCCUUGCUCUGGUGAGGUGUAGUACCAACUUCAAACUGGGUCCCGUCUCUGUGGCUGGAGUCAUGCGCUCCUCAUGUCUCCCUGCUGGAAGUGCCGGAUUUUGUAAUGCCAAGCAAGA